AUGUCCGCCGCCAAGACCAAGGCCCAGAACCUCAUCAACGAGAAUGGCGUCGUCGUCUUCUCCAAGUCCUACUGCCCCUACUGCAAGUCAAGCAAGGACCUGCUCGACAAGCUCGGCGCAAAGUACGAGCUGCUUGAGCUCGAUCUAGUCGAGGACGGCUCCGCCAUUCAGAACGCUCUCCAGGAGAUCUCCGGCCAGCGCACAGUGCCCAACAUUUUCAUCAAGCAGAAGCACAUCGGUGGCAACUCCGAUCUGCAGGCCAAGUCUGCUGACCUCCCCGCUCUCCUGCAGGAUGCUGGUGCCCUGUGA